GAAGGCGCGCGAAUAGAGCUUCCGGAUAGUUGUGCGGAAAAGCUAAGCUAGAAAAUGCAGCUCAUUAUAGUUUUAGCCUCGCUCUUCGCCCUGAUUGUGGCCUUCCCCACCGACAUGAACCUGGAGAACUGUAAGAACGAUGGAAUCUACUGGGUCGUGGAGCCAGGAGACAUGAUAUCAUGCAGCCCCACCUGCGACAAAACAUACAGGCUGAAUGACGCAAACGAAGUCUCUGCCAAGUCGAUAAACGAGCACUGCAAACUCAAUUUGAAAGUCGGCAGAUACUAUCAUGACAUUGCAAACCGCACCAUGUGUACAUGUACGAACGGAGCUGCUUAUAAGGAAUUGACUUCGAUCGACUGGACUAAACUGUCUCAGGUCUCUUCAUGGUUGUGCAUUGCGCCUUCUCUUUGGAGAUUCGAGCAAGUCGAUUCGAAAUUGUAUCGAGUUGUAUGCUUGUGAUAAUGAGCGGUCCGUUCCCGGAUCUCUGCACUUCUCAGAAGAAAAACUGCGUUACGAGACAAGACGGAGUUGUCGAUAUGUGCCGAUCC